AUUGAUGAAAAUUGGGUUACCCUGAGGACUCUCGCUUAACUGAAAUCACAAAUGGAGCAGACAGAAAAAUCAAAAGUAUAUGCUGAGAAAGGAUUCUUAGAAAAGAUAAAGCUUUGCCUUUCAAAGAAACCGCUGCCAUCUCCCAAUGACCGAAAGAAGUUUGACCAUGACUUUGCCAUCUCCACUUCCUUUCAUGGGGUACACAAUAUUGUUCAGAACCGGAGCAAAAUUCGCAAGGUGCUCUGGUUGGUGGUGGUCCUGGGCUCAGUCUUACUUGUGAUAUGGCAGAUCUACAGUCGCUUAGUCAACUACUUCACAUGGCCAACAACAACAUCUAUUGAGGUUCAGUAUGUGGAAAAGAUGGAGUUCCCAGCUGUAACAUUUUGUAAUUUGAACAGGUUCCAAACAGAUGCUGUAGCCAAAUUUGGUGUUAUUUUUUUUUUAUGGCACAUUGUAUCCAAAGUCCUCCAUCUUCAAGAAAUUACUGCCAAUUCCACUGACUCUAGAGAAGCUACUGAUUUUGUUGCAAGUCACCAAAACUUUAGCAUUGCAGAAUUUAUCAGGAACAAAGGUUUUUAUCUGAACAAUAGCACUUUGUUGGACUGUGAUUUUUUUGGAAAGCCAUGUAGCCCAAAGGAUUUUGCACAUGUCUUCACUGAAUAUGGAAAUUGUUUUACUUUUAAUCAUGGUGAAACUAUCCAAACAAAGAGAAAAGUGAGUGUCUCUGGAAGAGGCUUGCGCUUGCUCUUCAAUGUGAAUCAGGAGGCAUUCACUGAUAGCCCGGCUCUUGGUUUCACUGAUGCUGGGAUCAUCUUUGUUAUCCACUCACCAAAGAAGGUGCCACAAUUUGAUGGAUUAGGCUUGUUGUCACCUGUGGGAAUGCACACAAGGGUAACUAUCCGCCAAGUGAAGACAAUUCAUCAAGAAUACCCUUGGGGAGAAUGCAAUCCUAACAUCAAGCUGCGGAAUUUCAGCAGCUACAGCACUUCCGGUUGCUUGAAGGAAUGCAAAGCGCAGCACAUAAAAAAGCAGUGUGGAUGUUUGCCUUUCCUCCUUCCUGGAAAUGGAAUAGAAUGUGACCUACAGAAGUACUACAGCUGUGUUUCUCCUGCACUUGACCACAUUGAACUUAAGGAGUUAUGUACAGUGGGAACACAUAAUUCUAGCUGCCCUGUUUCUUGUGAAGAAACAGAAUACCCUGCCACUAUUUCUUAUUCCUCUUUUCCAAGUCAAAAAGCUUUAAACUAUCUUUCCAAGAAGUUGAAUCAAAGCCGGAAAUACAUCAGGGAGAAUCUUGUAAAAAUUGAAAUUAAUUAUAGUGACCUAAACUAUAAGAUAACCCAGCAGCAAAAGGCAGUGAGUGUGUCUGAGUUACUUGCAGAUCUUGGUGGUCAGCUGGGUCUAUUUUGUGGGGCCAGUCUGAUCACAAUCAUAGAAAUUAUUGAAUACAUAGUCACCAGUUUCUACUGGAUAUGCAUUUUCUUUUUGCUGAAGAUACCUGACAUGACCCAGUGGACUCCUCCACCUCAGCAUCUGGGAAAUAAAAAUAGGAUAGAGGAGUGCUAAUACCCACUUAGGCUAAAAUAAUUUGCUUUUCUCUUCAUGAUACGUUCAGAUUUCUCAUGACUAAUUCAUUAUUAUGUCACUUUGCUAUAGUUUUGAGAGUUCAAUAAAAGCCAUUAAUGAUAUAUAUCUUUU